AUGGCAGCCACCGACCACCUCUUGCCUGCGCCCCGCGAGAUCCCCGGCCCGACAUCGCCCCACUCGAACCUCCUCGCAGGCAUCCAGCGCUACCUCCUCUUCCCCUCAUUCACCCUCGAGUCCGGCGUCACCCUCGCAAAUGUGCCCGUCGCAUUCAAGACCUGGGGCAAGCUAGACCCGGAAACCCGCUCAAACGCCCUCGUCGUCUGCCACGCCCUCACCGGCAGCGCAGACGUCGAAGACUGGUGGGGGCCCCUCCUCGGCCCGGGAAAGCUAUUCGACCCCACACGCUUCUUUGUCGUGUGCUGCAACGUCCUCGGUAGCCCCUAUGGCAGCGCAAGCUCCUGCACCGCCUCCGGAGGCGAAUCCUGGCCCGACGCCAACGACGCCGCCGCCAUCGACCAGGUGCGCGCCCAGAAGCAGUCCUGGUCCGGUCACGGCUGGUGGGGGCCCGAGUUCCCCGCCACCACCACCCGCGACGACGUGCGCAUCCAGAAGCUCGUCCUCGACUACCUCGGCGUCGAGUCCGUCGCCGCCGUCGUCGGCGGCUCCAUGGGCGGCAUGGCCGUCCUCGAGUGGCCCCUCUGCUUCCCCACCCGCUUCCCCUACUCGGACCACGAGCACGCACAGCGCCGCCGCUACAUCCGCUGCAUCGUCCCCAUCGCCACGUCGGCCCGCCACUCGGCCUGGUGCAUCUCCUGGGCAGAGGCCCAGCGUCAGUCGAUCUAUUCGGACCCCGCCUUCAACCACGGCUACUACGAGCCCGACCAGCCCCCGCGCAACGGGCUCAGCGCCGCCAGGAUGGCCGCCCUGCUCACGUACCGCAGCCGCGACAGCUUCGAGAGCCGCUUUGGCAGGAGGGUCGGCAAGGCCCUCAAGGGCGGCGGAGCCGGUGCGCCGCCACCACCAAAGGCGUCUGGGUCCGCCUCUGGCAGCGUCACGCCCGCCAUGGCGUUGCCGGACAGCGACGAGGAGAGAAAGGCCAAGGCCAUCGACGCCGAGCGCCGCAGGUCGCUCGCCCAGGAGGCGGCAACGGCACACAACGAGGGCAACAAGAGCCCAAAGGUGCGCGAGUACGGACAGUCGGCCAGCUCGAUUUCGCAGUCGGGCUACUUUUCCCCGGCGCCCCUCAGCCCCAACGGCGCGGGCUCCGCAAGAGGCGGCUCGCUGUCGGACCAGGUGCUGCCGCCCCCCGUCGUGAGCAACUCGAACCCCUACUCGACGGCGGCACACCCGACCAGCCACACGGCUGCGGCUGCGGCUGCCGGGGCCGAUCGGAGCGUCGUCGAGGCCUACUCUCCGUCUUCGCACGUGCCCCAGAUCUUUUCGGCGCAGUCCUACCUGCGCUACCAGGGCGACAAGUUUGUCAAGCGCUUCGACGCCAACUGCUACAUUCACCUCACGCGCAAGAUGGACUCGCACGACGUGGCCAAGGGGCGGUGGGGGUGGAGCCGAUCCGAGCAGGCGCACGGUGCUGGGCAGGGAGGCGGCGGCGGCGGUGGCAGUGUGGCCGUGGUGACGAGGGAGAGGGGCACGGAACCGACGUCGGAGGAAGAAGAGGACGAGGCGCUGGCGCGGGUGCUGGACGUGCUCUCGUCAUCGGGCGACGACGACGGCGACGGCGACGGCGCCGCGACGUCCUCUGCGUCGCCUCCGCCGCCGCGGGUGCUGGUGGUUUCGAUCGAGUCGGACGGCCUGUUUGCGCCGCCAGAGCAGAAGCUGAUCCACGCGCUCAUCGAGGGGAGCGAGUUUGUCAACAUCGUCUCGCCCGACGGCCACGACGGCUUCCUGCUCGAGUUUGAGCAGAUCAACCACCGCGUCGGCGACUUUCUGCGGCGCAACCUGCACGACCUCUACCGCGGCGACGGCGUCGGCAAGGCCGAGUGGGGUCGGUGGUCGGUCGGCUGUCCCGCGCCGGGCAGCGAGGAGGAGAAGAGGGCGGCGGCGGGCGGUGGUGGUGAUGGUGCGGCUUUGGGGGGUGCGAAUGGCGUCAAGGAGAGCGUGUUUGGCGAGGUCGAGGACGUGACGCGGUGGUGA